AUGUCCACUGAAGUCCCCAUAGUCGCAACAACAACAAGCGCGCCUGUAAACAACCAAUCUACUUUGGAAAACUCACUCGCCAGUUCGAGUCAACAAAAACGUAGACAACCACGACAGAAUAGACCUAACACAGAAGGCGCACCUAAACCCCCUAGACGGCCACGACAGCCAAAAGAUGCAAAACCUUCCAAUGAAGCCAGCACGCCGUCCUCUGUUGUAGAUGGCGAACCGAAAACCAACUCUCAACCUCGAAACCCCAGAAAGAAAAAGCCCGUACAGGCUCCAGCCAAUGCUGAUGGUGCCCCUCCGCCUCCCAGAAAUCGACGAGCAGCCAACUUUGGAGCGGGACUCACAAACCCGGAUGAAAGGCAGAACCAGUCUUCUCGUGAUAAAGAGCCUGGUCAUUCAAAGAACCGGCGUCUUCCUCAAGGGGACGAUUUGACGUCGAGCCUCAUCCGCAAUUUGAGCACCCCUCCAUAUCCCGACUGCCCCAUCUGUUUCUCAUCGAUACGCCCCGAUCAAGCCAUCUGGUCAUGUUCACCUUCCAUUCCGAUCGUCACUUCCAGCGAAAACCAGGUGGCUCAGUAUUGCUGGACGUCUUUCCAUGUCAAAUGCAUUCGUUCAUGGGCCGACAAAAGCGUCAAAGAAGUUGCGGACGCUUGGAGAGCGCGAGGAGAGCCAAAUAAAGGUGGUGACUGGAGAUGUCCUGGAUGUCAGGCUAAACGAGAAGCAGUUCCCUCUGGAUAUUGGUACGUUACUGCAUCCUCUCAUCGGGAUAUAUGCUCAUCACACUUCACAGGUGCUUUUGCAAUUCCACCUCUGAGCCCAAACGUCUUCGUCUCGCAACACCCCAUUCAUGUGGGAAUUCAUGUUCUCGUAUGCGCGAAAGUGGAUGCGGCCAUCCGUGCCCCUUACAGUGCCAUCCCGGCCCUUGUCCGCCUUGUCAAGUUACCACCCGUUUGGAGUGUUAUUGUCCAAAGAAAAAUAUCCUCAGCUUCCGUUGUGGAAUAG